GGAGGGGAGGAAUAUUAUAAAUAUGAUAAGAUACCCAGCUAAAGAAGGAGGGGUUGCAAAUACCUUUUUCCACUACCUUAAUUUGAUAUUGGUGAUAGCUGAUAUAGCCGCUAUUCUAAGGUUUGGAUUCAGUUACGCAGCUCCUCAAUUUUUGAUGGUACUUUCACUUGUGCAUUUAUUCUUUUUGUUCCCAAGCUUGCUGCAUCAUAUGUUUCCAGCUGUUAGAGGCAAUAUUGUAUUCAGCUGGUUUGCUCAUUUAAUAGCUACUAUUGUUCUUGCGGCUUUUGUAAUCAAUAUCGUUCUAUAUAUCAGUAUGAUGGAUGAUAGAUAUGGAGGCCCGGCCAUGAUGCUUAUCCUCAUCAUCUUCACUCUUCCAGGAGCUUUGAUUUCAAUUACAAUGCUGUUGAUUCUUAACACUGAAGUUCAGAAUCAAAAAGUGAGAUAUGUACUUAUUCAGAGCCAGGAAGUUUAUCAGCCAAUGACAAUGCUUUAAUUUAGUCGAC